GAUGAAAUACAAUCAGAAAUUAAUAAGGAAUUAAAGAAACUUUUAGAACAUAUUACGAAUGAAGGGAAUUGGAAGCAGAAGGACCUUGCCAAAUACUGCAAGGACGACAUCAAAAGGAAUGGCGACACCGACGGAGAAAUAACUGCUAAGAAAAAAGCUUGUAAGCUUUUUGCUUUAGGUUUAGACCAUAUUUCUAAACUUAAGGACAACAACGGUGAUGGACCACUUAAACAAACUAUGAUGUGCGCAGCACUUAAUCUUUAUGCUGAUCAAUUAACAAACAAAUCAACAGAUCAAUGUCCUUUAGAUAAUGAAAAAUUGGAACAGGCAAUAAAAUACGCUUUUGAACACAAUAAUGCCACUAAGAAUGGAAAAACUUCAUGCUCAACUCCUAAUUCUUGUUUUGAAUGCACGAGGCAAGGCACUUUCCCCAGGUGUAAAAUUGGCAAGGAAGAAAUAAAGGAGAAAAUGAACGACCUCCUCAACAAGGAAGACCAAAUCAACUCCCAAACCAACACCAGCAAAAUGGACGAAACACUAGACAAAAUAAACAGUAAAGACAUUUUUUGUACUGAACUCCAAUGUGCAAUCCAACAACGACUAAAGAUCAAAGGAAAAUCACCCUCAACCGGAACACCACCAUCUUGGGACCAAAUCAAAGAUGACGCCAAGGAUGAAUUAUCGAAACUUCUACAACAAAUGACGGAAGGUCAGACUAAAGGGAACUUUGCCAAAUAUUGCAAUGACAACGACGCUAAAUGGAAUACUUUACGCAAUAAAGAAAAACAAACAAAUAAAGCAGCUUGCUUGCUUUUUGCUGCAGGGUUAAAACACAUUUAUGUCCGCGGUAAGGGCCAGGUUAAUGGCUCUGUUAAGGGCCCAUCGUUUGGACAAACGAUGGGUUGUUUAUUUCUUAAAGAGUAUGCAAAACAAUUAAAAGUAAUGGCCAAAGCGAAGAAAGAAUAUGAGGUACAUCCUCUUUGUAGUGUAGAUAAAGGCAUAGAUCGCGCUUUUGAACAAAGUAAAGACAUUAUGGAGACUGUAUUACCUAAAUGCAGCAGUGGUCCUAAUGGUAUUUCUUGUUUUGAAUGCAAAAUUGACCAAGAUUAUGGAACUUGCUUAAUUGGCACUGACAAAGUAAAGUCCAAUGUGGAACCAAUGCUCAAAGACAAUGACCGAAACCAAAAACAUAUGGAAGAAACAUUAGCGAAUACACUUUGUCCCAUUCUUCCUAUGGAUUUUCUUACCCCUUUUCUUCCUUUGGCUCCUGUCUCCAUUGGCCUUUCUGCUAUGGCUUAUUACCUUUGGAAGUAUUUUGGUCCUCUUGGUAAAGGAGGACCACGUUUCAGAAGAUCUCCUACUGAAAUUCCUGGUUCAUCAGUACAGGAACAAGUCUACGAUCAUGUGCAGCAAGAAGCAGGUCCACAUGAAUAUCGAUUGGUGAAGGAACGAAAACCUCGUUCAGUUCCAACGAGGACGAAACGUUCUGGUGGUGUGAAUCGCCGCACAAUUAUUGAAAUUCAUUUUGAAGUGUUGGAUGAAUGUCAAAAAGGGGACACACAAUUGAAUCAGAAGGAUUUUCUGGAACUUUUGGUUCAAGAAUUCAUGGGAUCCGAAUUUAUGGAAGAAGAACAGGUUCCUAAGGAAGAAGUUCUUAUGGAAGGUGUUCCUUUGGAACGAGUUCCUAUGGAAAAUGUUCCAAUGGAACGUGUUCCAAGUUUAGGUUCCGGGUUAAUGGUUUAA